CCACGUUGAACCUCAUACUAUCGAGCCACAGUAUCUCGUCAGAUCCUGAGCGCGCAUUCUUCAAUCUACCGGACACCUCGCAAGUCUCCCGUCCACUCGCCAUGGCCCCGAAGAGUAAGACCGCGACCACCAGCACCGGUGCGCCCAUCCCACCCAACGGCCUCACGGCGUCGGCCACCGCCGGCCCGCGUGGCCCCAUGGUGCUCGAGGACUUUGCAUUUAUCGACCACAUGGCCCAUUUUGACCGCGAACGGAUCCCGGAGCGUGUGGUGCACGCCAAGGGCGGCGGCGCCUUUGGAUACUUCGAAGUGAUGCACGCUGAUAUCACUCAGUACUGCAGCGCUAAGCUCUUCAACCGCGUGGGCAAGCGCACGCCCGUUGCCAUCCGCUUCUCGACCGUAGGAGGCGAACUGGGCAGCGCCGACACGGUGCGCGACCCACGCGGCUUUGCCAUCAAGUUCUACACGGAAGAAGGCAACUGGGACCUUGUGGGCAACAACACGCCCAUCUUCUUCAUCCGUGACGCCAUUCUCUUCCCGAGCUUCAUCCACACGCAGAAGCGUCUGCCCAACACGCACCUCAAAGACGACGACAUGAUGUGGGACUUCUUCUCACUGCGUCCUGAGACGCUGCACCAGCAGAGCUUCUUGUUCUCCGACCGCGGUAUCCCCGACGGCUUCCGCUUCAUGAACGGAUACGGCAGCCACACGUUCGCCAAUGUGAACGACAAGGGCGAGACCGUGUACGUUAAAUACCACUUCAAGACAGACCAGGGCAUCCGCAACUUGCCUGUAGACAAGGCAGCGGAGCUGGCCAGCUCCGACCCGGACUAUUCUAUCCGCGAUUUGUACGAGGCUAUCGCCAACAAGCAGUAUCCGUCUUGGACAUUGUACAUCCAGGUCAUGACCACCGAGCAGGCGGCUAAUGAGUCCGUAAACCCAUUCGAUGUGACCAAAAUCUGGCCUCACAAGAAAUACCCACUCAUUGAAGUGGGCCGCCUGGUGCUCAACCGUAACCCGACCAAUUAUUUCGCUGAGAUCGAGCAGAUCGCGUUCUCACCGUCGCACAUGGUGCCGGGCAUCGAGCCGUCGCCUGAUAAAAUGCUACAGGGCCGUCUGUUCUCCUAUCCGGACACACAGCGCCACCGUCUGGGUGCCAACUACAACCAGAUUCCAGUGAAUCGCCCACUUAAGGAGCCACAGACGUACCAGCGCGAUGGCUUCAUGGCUGUCAAUGGCAAUAUGCACGACACGCCCAAUUACUUCCCGAACAGUAAGAAUGUACCCCCUGAGGACACGACACUGCGCUACAGAGCCUACCAGGGAAACCACGGGGUGGUGAACAAGUACUCGACCCACGAUGAUGAUAACUACUCGCAGGUGGGAGAGUUCUACCGCAAAACGCUAGACGUCGCGGCGCGCGAACGUCUCACGGAUAAUAUCGCGGGCUCGCUGGCGAACGCGUCCAAGCCUGUUCAGGCACGCGCCAUUGCCAACUUCAGUAAGUGCGAUCCGCACUACGGCCGUCGUGUGCAGGAGAAGGUGGACGCUCUGGCGUUGCAGAAGCAACGUGCCGUGCCCGAGUCGUUCCCAGCUCCAUCCCAGCUGAGCCCGCCGCGUAAGCCGUUCGUGCCGGCGCCGCCGUCGGAUGACGUCGCCCCGCGACUGUAAGAGUUGAGCCGUUUGCCGUGCAGGUCUGGUUGAAGUUAGUGUAGCCAUUUCGAUGAUUGCAAAGAAACGGUUGGCAGAAAAAUGCAAAGUGAAUGGACAUGCAAAGUUUGUGUUCGUUGUUCAAGCUUGUUGAAGGAUGCGGCUUGCGUUUCACCCACCAAGAGCGA